CUGAGUUUCUUCGACAAUUGUGAGGAAGAGAGACGACUCGAGAAUAUGGCCAACGACACUCACACCGAUGACUUAGACGAGCUUCUCGAUAGUGCCUUGGAUGAUUUCAAGGAUCUCAAUCUUACUCAAAGAAAUGGAGGGGUUAAGAAAGAAGAGAGUGGUAAAACGGAGACAGAGUCAUUGCCGAGUGGGGUUCAAGGUCUUGGAAUGGGUUUACCAGAUAUGAGGAGUAAGAAGAAAGGAAAGCAAAAGAUUGCAAAAGAGGACCAUGUUACCGAGGCUCUUGAUAAACUCAGGGAACAAACCAGAGAAACUGUGAAGGGACUUGAGUCCUUGUCAUCGAAACAGCAGCCGACAGGUUCUGAUGAUGCUAUGGUUGAAGAUUGGAUUAAGCAAUUCGAAGAUCUUGCUGGGUCUAACGACUUGGAGUCAAUUGUGGACACGAUGAUGCAACAGCUAUUAUCGAAGGAUAUUCUUCACGAACCAAUGAAAGAGAUCGGUGCAAGAUACCCGAAAUGGCUAGAAGAGCAUGAAUCCAGUCUAAACAAGGAAGAAUUCGAACGUUACUCGCGCCAGUAUGAACUAAUCAAAGAACUCAACUUGGUGUAUGAAAACGAACCAAACAAUUCGACCAAAAUAAUGGAGAUAAUGCAGAAGAUGCAAGAGUGUGGACAACCACCGAGUGAUAUAGUGCAAGAGAUGGAUCCUGGGUUUGAUUUUGCGAGUUUGGGCCAAAUGUCUCCGGACAUGCUUGAGUCUUCACCAAAUUGUUGUGUAAUGUGAGGGAAGAGUUAGAACUGUUUGGCCUUGUCCAGCCAUUGGAGAAUGGAAACCAUGUUUUGUUUCUCUUGUGCAUUGUACAAUGCAAAAUCUUGUUUUAGUUCUUUUUUUAACUUGAAUACCAAAGUUAUUCUCUAUUGGGUUUCGGUUCAGGUUCUUUUGGUUAGUUCAGUUUGAAAAUAAUUUUGAAUCUAUACA